UAUUUUUAUUUUCUUAUCUAAAUAUUCAUCCUUACUUGAAGUCUUGGAUUAAAUCUUGAGUUUAUUGGUUUGGUGAUGGAGAAUAGAAUGAGGCAUAAAAGAAGUGGUUAUGAACCUUCGGAUGUCGAAUCCGAAGAAAGUCCAUGGCAUGCAGGUCUAUUGACUUCAGAUCACAGAGCUAGAAUUCAUAUAAAAGAGGAAAAAUCUCCGACUAAUGUUUCGAGAUCUAGUCCGGCAAAUAGAAGACAUAGAAGGUCACCUUACAAGCCAAACAGAGAUCAUAACAAUGUCAUUGGUGUUUCUUCGGAAACACAACGAGAUUCGAGAAGAAGUAUUAGUCCUUUGGAGGUUCCUCGAACUUUAAAUCGGCAUGUUUCUCCUUACAAAAGUCCUAGACAUGUCUCUCCUUACAGAAAUAAGAAAGACGAUGAACAUUUAAAAGUUUUAGUACGCAAGCAGAGCCAAAGAACACCUUCGAAGCAACGCAAUUAUGCAGAGAAUGUGGUUGAUGAUCGUUAUCGAUCGAAAUCUGUUCAAAAGCUGAGAACAAGAGAUCAAAACGAGCAACAUUUUAAUUUAAAUGGUGUGUUAGAACAUCGCAAAGGCCGGAGUAGAACACCACCGCCGCCGAUUAAAACUUCAAUGAUCCUUAGGAACAAAGAUGAUGAUGAUGAUGAUAUUGAGUGUAGAGAGAAACCUGGGAUUGAGAUCAAUGAAGUGAUUGCCAACAUGAAGCUAUCAGAAGCUCCGCCUUCCGAUGAAUUGCUUAGGGAAAGCACUGAAUCAGUCUUGACAGGUGAUAUCUUCUUCUCUAAAGUUCAAACAGCUCUGCAGAAAAAUCCUCAAGUUAAAAAGAACAACAUUGAAAACAAUUUGGCACCAAAAUUGAAGGUGGCUUCAGAGAUUAAGCCAAAAGUUAAUGAAAUUUUGUCAUCUAGCCUUAUCUCGAACUCGAAAACAAGCUCUGUUUAUACAACUAGUAAUCAAAGUAGUAAGUGGAGUACCAGUGGCAGUAGUUUUAAGAAUUUCACGGCAAAUAGACAGAAAAACCAAACAGAUGGAUGGAUUGCAUGCAUCAGAGGAGGAUCAUGUAGGAGAUCAAAGUCACCGGAACAGAAGCCAUUAGAUGAAGCUUUGUUUAUUGAGAAGGCAUUUGUUGUAGAGGAAGUGAGACAGUUCUGGGCUGACAAAUAUCGGCCUCGGACUUUAGAUGGAUUAAUUUGCAACAGAAAUCAGGCACAACAUCUCAAGAAUUUGAUAUCGCCUAAAGAUUGCCCAAAUAUUUUGCUCAAAGGACCUUCAGGUUCAGGCAAGAAAUCUCUGGCCAUGGCUUUUCUGCAUGAAAUCUUCGGCAACUCUACCUAUAAAGUGUCUCAUGAUUUAAGGCAUUUCCUGGUUCAGGACAUAAGCCCAAUUCAAUUCUCUAUUCCGGUGUCUUCAAGUCCUCACCAUUUAGAGCUUGAUUUGAAGACUGAAUCAGAGAAGAUUAGAUAUGCUCUAAUGGCUAUUGUCAAGGAAACAGUCACCAACCGCUCUCUUUUGGCUGAAGUUAGUGAUUCAAGUUUCAAGGCUGAAUUCAAAGUUCUUGUUCUUCAUGGAGCUGACAAGGUCACUGAAAGUGUUCAACACCUGAUCAAAUGGGUGAUGGAUUGUUAUUCUGAUGCAUGCAAGAUCAUAUUGUGCUGCGAGAACGAUACGAACAUUCUUGAUUCUGUCAAGAAACGUUGUAAAGUCAUUACCGUUACCGCUCCUGACAACUACACGAUUGUGGAGGUUCUUAAUCAGGUAGCAAAUAAGGAGAGGAUCGAAUUACCAACGAGUUUUGCAGAGAGAAUUGUGUCGAAAUCCAAGAAGAAUUUGAGACAUGCUAUUAUGGCACUUGAAGCAUGCAAAGCACACAACUAUCCAUUUGUGGAUAAACAACCAAUUCCACUUGGUUGGGAGGAAUCUCUGAUUGAAUUAGCUGCAGAAAUUCUAGAUGAUCCAUCACCACAAAAGUUAUUUACUGCUCGUGCGAUGUUUCAAAGAUUGCUCGGAGAGUUUGUUCAUCCCAGACUGAUCCUAUUGAAACUAGUGGAGCAAUUUCUUAAAGGGAUUGAAACUAGUCUCAAAAGAGAACUUUAUUAUUGGCAUGCUUAUUAUGACAAAAGAUUGCCAAGAGGAACAAAUGCUUUGCUUAAAUUAGAAGAAUUCACUGCAAAGUUUCUGAGUAUUUCCAAGAGGAGCAUGUCUUUGGUUAAUUCUGCAAAUUGAAUUCCCUGACAUUUGAAGACUUUUUUUUUUCUUUUAUUGUUUUCAUUUCUGCAUGAAUUAUGUACAUAAUUAACCACAUUAAAAAUAUAAAGAGCUUUAAGAGUAUCACUGUAUGAAUUUCAAAUUUUUAA